UCGAACCCAUAUGAAUGCCAAUUUGCAAUCAGAGGCCCUAAUGGAACUGACUUCGAGGGUGGGAUUUAUCAUGGCCGGAUCCAGUUUUCGAAGGAACACCCAAACAAGCCUCCUAUAUUCCAGUUGUUGACGGAAAAUGGUCGCUUCAAAACCCAAACCGAGAUCUGUUUUGAGAUGUCCUCGUCUUUUCAGUUUGUGGGGGUGCGAGAUGCUUUACUUAGACUUAUUGAUUUAUUGCCCACCUACCCAGAUGGUGCAUUGGGUUCAAUAGGAUACAAUAAGAAAAAAAGGCGUGCCCUGGCCAUCAAAUCUCGUGUAGCAGCUCCAAAAUAUGGCACUGAUGAACGUCAAAAGUUAAUUGAUGAGAUUCAUGAAUAUAUGCUCAGCAAGUCACCCCCUCUUCGUUCAAACAGGGGAGGGGAUAUCCAGGCGAGUUACCAAAAUGAUUUAGACAAAAGAAUGCCAGGCAUCAAUAUCUUGGUUGGGAAUACAAUUCAUGCUAACAACUCCAAGCGGGUAGGAAUUUUCGAUUUUGAGAAUAAAUGCUCCAAGAAAGCAAAACAAGUCGUCUCCAGUUGAGAAACCAGCUCGACUUCCAGAGAAGACAACCAAGAGUGAUGAAUUGAGGUGAUCAGAUCUGUAGUGUAGCCCUCUUUUUAUUUUUUUACAGGCAUGUUGCCGAUUAGGAUUGUUACCACCACAAAGAUUCGUGGUGUAGAAGUUUCAAAAAACCUCUUUAAGAUUUCGAUUUCGAUUCAAUUUAAAACAGCA